GGUCUGUAACGAAUAGGAGAAGAAUUCCAGAGAGCUCGUGUCCACUCGGGAAGGAGAGUGGUACAAUCCAGCUGAGACAAAUUAGCAGACUUGGCGUCGAGGUGUUGGAUACUCGAGAAUGGCUGCUGCUUCUGCUCAGCCAUUGCUCUCCCUCCGCCCCUCCAUCUUCUCUUCUAAAUUUUCUGUCUUUCUUCCUCGCCCCUCAUCCCUUUCAUCGAUCUCUUCGAAGCCCUCGACGAUUGCCUCCCUCCACUCCCGCAGAUCAAGAUUUCCUGCCGCUGCCGCUUCUUCCUCUACUCCUCCCUUUUCUAACAGAAUCUCAGAGCAGGCAGAUGAUGGCGCUGGCCUUGGCGGCGUAAUUUCUGCUGCCAUUGAUUCGAUCGCUCUCGUCCUGACAUCGGUGGCUCUGUCCCUCUCUCUUUUAUUGGUCGACGUCGACGCCGCGUCGGCCUUCGUGGUAAGUACGCCGAGAAAGCUCCAGUCAGAUGAGCUCGCCACAGUUCGACUUUUCCAGGAUAAUACCCCCUCCGUUGUCUACAUCACCAACCUUGCCGUCCGGCAGGAUGCAUUCACCCUUGAUGUGUUAGAGGUGCCGCAGGGGUCUGGCUCGGGAUUUGUUUGGGACAAGCAGGGCCACAUUGUCACCAAUUAUCAUGUAAUUAGGGGAGCUUCUGAUCUCAGGGUCACCCUUGCUGAUCAAUCAACAUAUGAAGCAAAAGUUGUGGGAUUUGACCAAGAUAAGGAUGUUGCAGUGUUGCGUAUUGAGGCACCAAAGGAUAAGCUUAGACCCAUUCCAGUGGGUGUCUCUGCUGAUCUGUUAGUGGGUCAGAAAGUUUAUGCUAUUGGAAAUCCUUUUGGACUCGACCACACUCUUACUACAGGUGUAAUCAGUGGAUUGAGAAGAGAAAUCAGCUCUGCCGCUACUGGGCGGCCUAUACAAGAUGUCAUCCAGACAGAUGCUGCCAUUAACCCGGGCAACAGUGGUGGACCUCUGCUUGAUAGCUCUGGAAAUUUGAUAGGCAUAAACACAGCUAUUUAUUCUCCUUCUGGGGCAUCCUCCGGCGUCGGUUUUUCUAUUCCCGUUGACACAGUGGGUGGCAUUGUUGAACAACUUGUGAAAUUUGGUAAAGUUACAAGACCUAUUUUAGGUAUCAAAUUUGCUCCAGAUCAGUCAGUUGAGCAGCUUGGUGUCAGUGGUGUGCUUGUUCUUGAUGCUCCUCCCAGUGGUCCUGCUGGCAAGGCGGGCCUUCGACCAACCAAGCGAGAUGAAUAUGGUCGCCUUGUUCUUGGAGAUAUCAUAACUUCUGUCAACGGCAAAAAGGUUGCAAAUGGUAGCGACUUGUACAGAAUAUUAGACCAGUGCAAAGUUGGAGAAAAGGUGAUUGUGGAAGUUUUGAGGGGAGAUCACAAAGAGAAAUUCCCUGUGAUCCUUGAGCCAAAGCCUGAUGAAUCCUGAAACUCUUCACCAUCAAGCUCUUCUUAUAAUACCAAGCCAGCUAUAGGUUUAUUACUGUAUAUUAUGUGUAUUAAAAUCAUCAAAUAUACCCUUGUAGUGUUGAUAGUAAUUAUAAUAUUCUAAUCUAGCUUGUUUUGUACUGUGAUCACAAACUCCUUAUGUGUAAUUGAUCUUUCAUUCACUUGUAAAAUAUUUGAAAAAUGAAAUCAUAAAUUUUUAUU